AUGGCAAGCCAAGAUGUUGCGUCGAUGGUGCAAGGGAGCAGAGCGUACGCUUCACCACGCCAGGAGGUCAUCAUCCACAGGACCGUGCGGGACGUUGGCGGGGCUAACUGGCCGGUCCUCACACGCACAAACUACGGCGAAUGGGCGGUGCUGAUGAAGGUCAAGUUGCGUGCGCGCAAGCUUUGGCGGGCCAUCGAGGAAGGCACCGAGGAUGAAGAAGAGGACUGCGCAGCGAUGGAAGCGAUUCUGUCCGCUGUGCCUCACGAGUACGUGGAGUCGCUGGGCGCAAAGGACUCCGCAAAGGCUGCUUGGGACGCCCUCAAGGCCAUGCGCAUCGGGUCUGAUCGCGCAAAGAAGGCGAAGGCGCAGCAGUUGCGGCGGGAGUACAAGGCGCUGGCAUUCCGCGACGGCGAGGCAGUGGAGGAUUUCUCGCUCCGUUUGCAGUCGCUCGUCAGUCAGCUGGCGGCAUACGGCGUCACCAUCACCGACGAGGAGGCGGUCGCAAAAUACUUGCGCGUCGUGCCGCCUAAGUAUGCCCAGAUAGCGCUCUCCAUCGAGACGUUGAUCGACAUGUCCACCCUCACGAUUGAGGAUGUGACUGGGCGCAUGCGGGCAGUGGAUGACCGCGUGGAGACGGCGACGAUAUCUACCAGCGGCAAGUUACUAUUGACCGAGGAAGAAUGGGCAGCUCGUAUGCGCGAGCGGCGACCCGGGGAAAGCUCCUCUAGCCGUGGCGGCUACGGCAAGCAUCGUGGCAAGGCCCCGCAGAAGAAGGACGGCAACAACGCGCGUCCGAUCGACAAAGAUACUUGUCGACGCUGCGGGAAGACUGGGCACUGGGCCCGAGAUUGCAAGAUUCUCAAGGAGAAAAAGGAGGCGCACCUCGCGCAAGUGGACGAUGAGGAGCCAUCUCUUCUCAUGGCGAAGUUCUGCACGUCGCACGACGUCGAACCAGAGUUAGAGAAAGUCAAGGCAGUGGUUGCGGAGCAGGGAAAGGCACUGCAGGCAGUUCACCUCGACGAGUCGAGUGCUCAAGUCCACCUUGGACGAAUGGGCGGUGGCAUGGAGCAGAGGUGGUACCUGGACUCUGGCGCUAGCAACCAUAUGACCGGCUCCAAGGAGGCCUUCUCCGAGCUUGAUAACGGCGUGACGGGGACGGUGAAGUUCGGCGACGGCUCGAAGGUGGAAAUUCGAGGUCGCGGCACUGUCAUCUUCCGGUGCCAGAACGGCGAGCACCGCGCAUUGACGGAUGUGUACUAUAUCCCGCAGUUGCGUUCAAGCAUCAUCAGCAUCGGGCAAUUGGACGAGCACGGCUGCGAGGUGCUUAUCAAAGGCGGCGUGCUAAAACUCCAGGACCGAGACAGCGGCUGCUGGCUAAAGUCCAGCGUUCCCGGAACCGCCUCUACCUCCUCGACUUGA